AUGAAGAAGGAAGAGGAAGGGGAAGAAGAAGCAAGAAGAAAGAAAAGGGAAGAAGAGGAAAGAAGAAGAAGGAAGAGGAGGAGGAGGAAGAAGAAGAAGAGGAAGAAGGGGAAGAAGAAGGGGAAGAAGAGGAAGAAGGGGAAGAAGAGGAAGGAGGGGAAGAAGAGGAAGAAGGGGAAGAAGAGGAAGAAGGGGAAUAAGAGGAAGAAGACGAAGAAGGGGAAGAAGAGGAAGAAGGGGAAGAAGAGGAAGAAGGGGAAGAAGAGGAAGAAGGGGAAGAAGAGGAAGAAGUGA